ACAUGUACCAACUGGAAGAGCUGUAAGGUCAGUCGCAAGGCUAGGAAUGGAGGCAGGAAGGCAGCCUAUGGCCACUCCCCCCCGGAGACGCCCCCUGGAAGCCUAAGCCCCGCCCCAGCAUGGCGGCCAGAGCCGGGGAAGGGGCGGGGCGCGCCUGGUCACGUGCCCGCGCCGCCGCCGACGUGGCCUCCAGCGGUCGCCCCACGUGUCCCUUGCCGCGUCCCGUCGCCACCCUGCCCUGCGGAUCCGAUCCCAACAUGGCGGCGCCCAGCAAAAGGAGGAACGGCGAAGGCGCGAGCUGGUGGGCUGCGUUGCUCCUGGCGGCUGUGGCGUUGAGGCCGGGGGAGGCGGUGUCCGAGCCCACGACGGUGGCGUUCGACGUGCGACCUGGCGGCGUCGUGCACUCUUUCUCCCAGAACGUGGGCCCGGGGGACAAAUAUACAUGCACGUUCACCUACGCUUCUCAAGGAGGGACCAACGAGGUUAGAAGCCGUGAUCAGCGCGGCCGGGCGCUUCAUAAAGCCAAAAUCAAGGCGGCAGCCGGCCAGCUCUCAUCUCCAGGCUCCUUCGAGUUGUCGGCAGAACUCAGUUCCUCGCCACGUACGACUGAGGUCCCCAUUUCGUGGUGGCUGUUUUCUCCGGCGGCCGGUGGCCGAAGAGGAAAUAAGAUUCGGAACAUAAGAAGGAUGUGAUUCACCCUUGCUGGCUGUGGGGGGGAGCGCGAGGCAAGGAAUGCAGAUGGCCUCUGGGAGCGGAGGGCAGCUCCUGGCUGGCGGCCGGGCUUCAGUCUUCCAGCCGCAGGAACUGAGCUCUGCCCCAAGCACGUUGGGAAGAGUUGGAAAGGGAGUCCAAGCCUCAGAUGGGAGUGCCUUUCGCUGACACCUUGCGUCCGGUCUUGGGAGACGCUGAGUAGGGCCCACCAUACCCAGCUUGUGUCGGGGACCGAGAGCUGCUUAGUGGGCAGUGCAGUGAAGCUGCUAAACUUCCGGUCACACAAGGGUGGUGAGUUGAACGGUGCUCCCCCAGAAGCCACGUUUGCUUCCUAAUCCCUGGAACCUGUGACUUUGACCUUAUUUACGUAUUUAUUUUCGUUUGUUUUUUAACAUGUAUUUUACUUUGGAAAGAUGGACAGAGACAGGAUGUGAGCAGG